UAUUGUUUGAGAGCUAAUCAACUUAUUCGGUAUUAGGGUGUCUUACAAUCAUGAAGUGCGGGUCAUUGGCGCUGCUAUUGCUAGCCGUAGGCGUGUGUGGUACGUUCGGUGAUAAAGUACGAUUCGAUAACUACCGGCUGUAUGAAGUGUCUGUGAAGAAUGAAGAACAACUCAAAGUGCUACAGUAUCUGGAACAAUUUCCGGAUGGAUACUCAUUCUGGGAGUCACCCGUCCAGACCAACAUGAAUCUCAGAAUGGUUGUCCCACCGCACAAGUUUGGUGACUUUGAAGAAAUGAUGGAACGCUUCGAUAUGGAGAGUUCACUGAAGGUUAACAAUGUUCAGGAGUUGGUUGACAAUGAACGUCCUGAGCGUAGAAAGCGUGAGGGUUUCGGGUGGGACGACUACCACACUUUGGAUGAGAUGUACGCUUGGUUCGAUGAACUGGUUGCGCAAUACGGAAAUAUUCUAGAAAUUGAAUCCUACGGCUUUUCCUACGAAAAGCGAGAGAUGAAAGCUAUUAAGCUAUCCAAAAAAGCAGGCAAUCCUGGUAUCUUUUUGGAAUCGAAUAUUCACGCUCGCGAGUGGAUAACUUCGGCCACGGCUACGUGGAUCCUGAACCAACUGUUGACUUCGACUGACCCCGCCGUUCAGGAUCUGGCCGAUAACUACGACUGGUACAUUCUUCCAGUGAUCAACCCGGAUGGUUUUGCCUACACCAAGGAUGUAAACCGCAUGUGGCGCAAGAAUCGAUAUCCGCACACCAUUCUAUGCUACGGAACAGACAUGAACCGUAACUUCCCGGGCCAUUGGAUGGAGGGAGGUGCUUCCAGCGUUCCCUGCACCGAUACGUACGCCGGACCUGAGGCUGGCUCGGAAAUUGAAUCCCAAAACGUUAUGAACUAUUUCCUCAAGUACAAGGAUAGGAUCGAGCUCUACCUGUCAUUCCACUCCUACGGUCAGUACAUGCUCUUCCCAUUCGGUCACAACGGUGCUGAGAAGUCUGAUAACUAUUUCGACUGGAUGCAGAUGGGUGAAGCAGCUGCCAUUGCGCUUUAUGAGAAAUACAAAACCAAGUAUCAGAUUGGAACUACCGCUGAUGUUCUAUACAUCGCAUCUGGAUCGUCCCCUGAUUGGGCACAUGGCGUCGAAGGAGCUCCAAUUGGCGUGACGUACGAAUUCCGUGACCAGGGAAGCUAUGGAUUCAUCCUUCCGGCUGACCAAAUCAUUCCCAACGCGGAGGAGGUGCUGGACUCGUUGGUUGCUUUCUUCACCGAGGGAAAAUCACUGGGAUAUUUUCAAGCGCGACCAUGAGUGAAUGAUGGGUGCUUGCUGCAGUAGCAAAUGGUUGAUAGAUAAGAUUGACGCCUAUUAGCGCCUGCCAAAUGAUGGGUGCUUUUCAUAGCAAAUGUUUGUAAUAGAAAUU